GGGAUUCUUGGAUUGAAUCUCCAGAAUCCAUGGAUCGUGCUUUAACUUCCCGUUUUGAUACUCUCUCUACUCUCUCCCCUAACCGAUACCGACAUAGGAGCUCUCUGACCAUCACUCGACGAUUCGCGCCGGCGAUUGUUUGCGCGAAACGAUCUCCGAUCGAUGGAGUGAGCGACGAGCUGAAUCUGAUUGCUUCACAAAACUUAGAUCAAGCUCCUGCACGAAGACGAGCCCGUUCCGCUUUUGUUGACUUGCAGCUGCAGCUGGAUCACUGCUUGUUCAAGAAAGCUCCGAUUGGAAUCAGAACAGAGGAGUGGUAUGAGAGAAAUUCGAAAGGGGAAGAAAUUUUCUGCAAGAGCUGGUUGCCGAAAAUCGGUGACGAAAUCAAAGCUGCGGUGUGUUUCUGUCAUGGAUAUGGCAGCACAUGCACUUUCUUCUUCGAUGGUAUAGCAAAGCAAAUAGCAGGUUCUGGAUAUGGAGUUUAUGCUAUAGACCAUCCUGGUUUUGGCCUAUCAGAUGGUUUACAUGGUCACAUCCCAAGUUUUGAUGACUUAGCUGAAAAUGCUAUUGACCAGUUCACCAAAAUGAAAGGAAGACCUGAAUUGAGAAAUUUGCCCCGGUUCCUGCUCGGACAGUCAAUGGGAGGAGCAGUUGCCUUAAAAAUUCAUCUGAAAGAACCUCAAGCUUGGGAUGGUCUUAUCCUUGCCGCUCCAAUGUGUAAGAUUUCAGAAGAUGUAAAACCUCCUCCACUAGUCUUGAAGGCGUUAAUCUUGAUGUCGACACUAUUUCCCAAAGCGAAGCUCUUUCCAAAGAGAGACUUGAGCGAGUUCUUCUUCCGGGACCCGAGUAAAAGAAAAUUGUGCGAGUACGAUGUGAUUUGCUACGAUGAUCAAACACGUCUGAAAACUGCUGUUGAACUUCUAAAUGCAACAAGAGACAUUGAGAUGCAAGUUGACAAGGUCUCGUUGCCACUGUUGAUACUUCAUGGAGACGCUGAUAAAGUCACAGAUCCCACUGUGAGCAAAUUCCUGCACGAGCAUGCAAUCAGCCAAGACAAGGCUCUAAAACUCUAUCCAGGUGGCUACCAUUGCAUUCUAGAAGGUGAUACAGACGAAAAUAUUUUCACUGUAAUCAACGACAUAGUUGCUUGGCUCGAUGCCCGCGUUGCUCCCAAGUCCGGUCUAAAGCACAGACAGAGGAAACCAUACAUACGAAAAUUGUAUGGCAGGAAUUCCGAAAAACGCUGUUCACGAACACUGAGUAAUUACUUCUGUUAUCCGAAGAUACCAAAUGUACCAUGGUCUGGGGCGAAAACAAGACCGUAUGAUUUGAACGAUGAAUCGAUGGACAUUGUGGUGAUUCAGAUCCUCGAGUACAAUGGAAGUGCCGUCGUAGCUAUGGUAGGGAAGAACUGCUUCGCUAUAGCCAGUGAUCGGAGGCUUGGUGUACAAUUACAAACCAUCGCUACCGAUUUUCAGAGAAUCUCUAAGAUCCACGAUCAUCUCUUCAUCGGACUUUCCGGUCUCGCCACCGAUGUCCAGACAUUGUACCAGCGACUCGUAUUUCGUCAUAAGUUAUAUCAGCUUAGGGAAGAAAGAGACAUGAAGCCAGAAACUUUCGCUAGUCUUGUAUCUGCCAUUCUUUAUGAGAAAAGAUUUGGCCCAUUUUUGUGCCAACCUGUGAUUGCUGGAUUGGGAGAUGAUAACAAACCCUUCAUUUGCACUAUGGAUUCGAUUGGAGCCAAGGAGUUAGCUAAAGAUUUUGUUGUCUCUGGAACUGCUUCAGAAUCACUAUAUGGUGCCUGUGAAGCCAUGUACAAACCAGAUAUGGAAGCUGAGGAACUGUUCGAGACAAUUUCACAAGCACUUCUCUCUUCAGUUGACCGCGAUUGUCUUAGUGGGUGGGGAGGUCAUGUCUACGUUGUAACACCAAAUGAGGUCAAGGAGAGAAUCCUGAAGGGAAGGAUGGAUUGAUCUGAUAUCACAUAUCUGCUUUUGUCCAAGUUCGGUUUACUCCUUAACCCGGUUAAGUAGAAGAACCCUCUCGUCCCACUCCCAUAGUCUGUUCCUUCUCUGAAACUGGAUAUUGUGGUUCCUUCGCUUGGAUUUAUUUGCAAUUGAUAGAGUUCAAAGAAAAUGAAGAAAUAGCAGUUGUUGUC